ACGGAGUUUAAAGAGCAAACAAUGAUUAUCAUCAUUUUUUCGUUUGUUUUCUGUAUUUUUUAUAGCAAAGAGUCAUUGAGAAACUAUAAAGAUAUGGGAAUGAUCCUUUUUUUGCUAUAUUAAAAAAAAUCCUGUUAUGACCUUUUUUGAGUUGUUUCAGAUCAACUAUCCACUCCUGUUUUUACAAAAUUUGGAUGGAGAGGGGAAAAGAAACCCCGUUUUUCAUGUAACCAAUCAUUUGCGAUUUGCCAUUGAGUCAGAGCUAUUUGUCGUCGGAUCUGCAAAUUGACAGGUGAGCAAGACGAUUGACUCACUAUUCGAGUAAGCUACACUUUGGCCAAUCAAUCAAAGUUGACGAUUGAGUCAGGUUAAAUGCAGACAUGUAUUAAACGUUUAGGACUUUCUUCUUUUCUUUUUCUUUUCUUACUUUAUUUCUUACAUUUCCUCUUCAACUCAACUUCCUCAUAUGGCUCGCACACUCUACGACAAAGUCUGGAAUGAUCAUGUUAUUGACCAACAAGACGAUGGCACUUGUUUAAUUUACAUUGACAGACAUCUUGUCCACGAAGUCACUAGUCCUCAGGCUUUUGAAGGUCUUCGUAAUGCUGGACGCCGUGUUCGUCGCCCUGAUUGUACACUCGCUACUGUCGAUCACAAUAUCCCCACUUCUUCACGAAAAAACUUCAAAGACAUUGCUAGUUUCAUAAAAGAAACAGACUCAAGAACUCAAUGUGAAACUCUGGAACAAAACAUCGAAGCCUUUGGUCUUACUUAUUUUGGUAUGGAGGAUAGCCGUCAAGGUAUCGUGCAUGUUAUCGGCCCUGAACAAGGUUUUACUCUUCCUGGCACCACUGUUGUCUGUGGUGAUUCUCACACUUCUACACACGGUGCUUUUGGUGCUCUUGCUUUUGGUAUUGGUACAUCUGAAGUUGAACAUGUCCUUGCUACGCAGACACUUUUACAAAAAAAAUCAAAAAACAUGAGAGUUCGUGUCCAAGGUAAGGCACUCCCUGGUGUAACGUCAAAGGAUAUCGUUCUUCACAUCAUUGGUGUUAUUGGUACUGCUGGUGGUACUGGUUGUGUGAUUGAAUUUUGUGGUGAAGCUAUUGAAACACUUUCUAUGGAAUCCAGAAUGUCUAUAUGUAACAUGUCCAUUGAAGCUGGUGCUCGUGCUGGUAUGAUUGCUCCUGAUGAUAUCACUUUUGAAUACCUUCGCAAUAAGCCUCUUGCUCCCAAGGGUGCUGAAUGGGACAAGGCAGUUCAUUACUGGAAGACACUCAAAUCAGACCCUGAUGCUAAAUAUGACAUCAAUGUAGAAAUUAAUGCUGUGGAUAUUGCUCCUACUCUCACCUGGGGAACAAGUCCUCAAGACGUUGUGUCUAUUGCUGGUUGUGCUCCUGAUCCAUCGAAGAUUUCUGAUCCUAUUCGCCGUUCUGCUGUUGAACGUGCUCUUGAGUACAUUGGUAUUGCUCCCAACACACCUAUGGAAGGUAUCAAGAUUGAUAAGGUAUUCAUUGGUAGUUGUACCAAUUCUCGUAUCGAAGAUCUUCGUGCUGCUGCUGCUGUGGUUAAAGGAAAAAAGGUUGCUGACUGGGUAUAUGCUAUGGUGGUGCCUGGUUCAGGUCUAGUGAAGCGUCAAGCUGAACGUGAAGGUUUGGACAAAAUUUUUACAGAUGCUGGUUUUGAUUGGAGAGAAGCCGGUUGUUCUAUGUGUCUUGGUAUGAACCCUGAUCAACUAAAGCCAGGAGAGCGUUGCGCUUCUACUUCCAACCGUAACUUUGAAGGCCGUCAAGGUGCUGGUGGUCGUACUCACCUCGUCAGUCCUGCUAUGGCUGCUGCUGCUGGUAUUAAGGGUUGUUUGACUGAUAUCCGUAACAUGGAGAUUUCUGAAAUUCCUGCUACACCCAAGCACAGUCCUCGUCAAGAAAUUGUCACCGAAUUCGAAUCCAAUGAAACUGAAAAGGCUGUCCCUAGUACUGAAUCAUCUGCCAUUCCCGCCUCAAGCAACCAAGCAUCCAAUACCUCUGCUCCUAGUGGUAUGCCCAAAUUCACAACACUCAAGGGUUACACUGCUCCCCUUGAUAUUUCCAACGUCGACACUGACAUGAUUAUUCCCAAGCAAUUCCUCAAGACCAUAAAGCGUACAGGUCUUGGUAGUGCUCUCUUCUAUGCCCUACGUUUUGAUCCUGCUACUGGUGAGGAAAACCCCAACUUUGUUCUUAACCAAGAGCCUUUCCGUCAAGCACGUAUUCUUGUCUGUACUGGUCCCAACUUUGGUUGUGGUAGUUCUCGUGAACAUGCUCCUUGGGCUUUCAAUGACUUUGGUAUCCGAUGCAUCCUUGCACCUAGUUUUGCUGAUAUUUUCUUCAACAACUGUUUCAAAAACGGUAUGCUUCCCAUUGUCCUUCCUCAAGAUCAAUUAGAAGCCAUUGCUGUUGAAGCCAAGAAGGGUAGUGAAGUUGAGGUCGAUCUUAUCAACCAAGUUGUUCGUUAUCCUGGUGGUGAUGUUCCUUUUGAAGUUGAAGCUUUCCGCAAGCAUUGUCUUGUCAAUGGUCUUGAUGAUAUUGGUUUGACUAUGCAAAAGGCUGACAAGAUUUCCGAAUUUGAAGUGAAGCGUACCGAAACAUGGCCUUGGUUAGAUGGUAAAGGUUAUAAGGGAAAAGCUACCAAAUUAGAAAUCAAUGGUGGACAAAAGAAGGCCAAACUCGAUUGGUAAAAAAAAACUGUAUUAUAAUAAAAUUUUUACAUUUCUUGAUAAUGAA